AUGGAAUUGUUAAACGCGAAGCACCGCGAUUACAAAACGCGCAAUAUACUGACGACGGCGGAGCGUAUUCAGGUGAUCAAAGCCUACAAACGCAUGCCGAACUAUCAACGUUUGGCGAGCACAUUCGGCUGCAGUGCUAAGCAGAUAAAGAAUAUCAUUUCGAAUAAGGAUCAACUGUUGCGUCAUUACGAUAGUGUACGUGCCAAUAAGCUAACCGAUGAGGUGACCAAUCGACGGCAAGAGAAGAUCGACUUUCUCGGCAAAGUAGUCUAUGAGUUUCUGCUGCGCGCCCUCUAUCUGCGCAUGCCGAUCGGCACCACAAUCAUACGCCAAAAGGCAUUUGAAGUUAAGGAAGCGAUUGCCAUUGAAAAUUUCUCACCCAACAAUGUUUGGCUACGCGACUUCAAAGCCACUUAUAAUCGUUUGGAUUUGGCGAGCAUGAUGGAGCACUUGCCCAGCGAUAUGGAUCAGCGACGUUCGCUGAAGUGCAUCGAUAUAAUCGAGUAUGUUAGUGAGCAGGAGAGAGAAGAGCGGCGCAAAAUUUUGACAAUGACGAAAGAUGAGAAUUGCAAUAGUGUGUGGGAGAGCGAUGCGGAUGGCAGUAAUAGUUCGUGCAGUUACGAGCAUACGAUGACUAACAGCGAUACUGAUAUGAAAAGUAAUGAUGACGAUAGCGUCGUCGGUAAAAAUAUUGAGCCGAUUGUCGUGAAUCUUGCAUCGGAUGACGAAGAAGAGGGCAGCGAUGAUGUCUCUCUUGCCAAAGCAAAAUCAAUCAACACGCCUGCUAAUCAGAGCAUUUCGACGCAAAAGCCGAUAACGUUGCCCCCCUUCCCCGAUAUACACAGUUAUCCGGAGGCUUUGCGUCAUUUGCGGGUGCUCGAAGACUUUGCGAUGAUUGAGGAGAACUAUCGUGCCAUCGGUUUGAUUACUCAACUGGAGCAGAUAUUUAAGAAUCCACCCAAAUUGAAGAGUUUAACUCAUUGA